AUGGCGACUGCGCAAGUGACUCGCCAGCCCCGGCUAGCGGACGAUGCCGCGACUGCUGCCCUAUAUGUGACGCAUCCUGAACGCAGGGCAUCUCUCCGCGCCCCGACCGCAACCAAAACUCAGAACAUCAAUUCACGCGCGGUCGGCGGUGCCCGAAAGCUCGACCAUGCUUCUGCUGCCUCGGCGCUCGCUCACGCGAAGCGCAGACCUGUCGAAAUAUGGCAACCCCCGGCUAGACAGCCUGCCGCCGAGAAGGCUGCACUCUGCGUGAAGGACUACGCUCCGCCCCAGCCAUCCAAACCUCCCACGGCGCACAGCGCGGACGGACUGGGAGCCGCAAUGCUCGCUGUUCGUGAGCAGAGAGCCUCGGUGAGCCAGCCAUCUGCAUCCGCUGUCAGGCGUGGCAGCUCUACCGACCGUUACCACCACACGGCCGUUGGCGGCAACCCGAAAGACAAGGCACUGAAGGCUGCAUCGGGUGCCUACACGCUCUCGCGUAAAAGAGCCGACUCAGCACCUGUUGACGCGGGGAACACCUCCGAACUCCAAUAUGACCCUGCAACUGGCGCAGCACGGUAUUCUCAGGUGGAAGAAGAGGAUCCCCUUGACAACUUAGAUCCUGCUAUGGAAGCAAGCCGGGUCCGGCAUAUGUCUAACGCUAACCCGAAGUUGUACACUUAUUCACCACCUGUCCAACCUGAGACGGAGGAAAAAAUUCACCAGCACUCGCAGCGCGCUGCUGCGAUUUCAAUGGCCAAGAAGAUGUACAAAGUCACCGAUCCAAAGCCACAGACCAGCGAAUCUCCCGCUGUCCGAGCGGCCCAAAAGGGGCAAAGCCAACUAGGCUACCGCAAAACUAUAUCCACGGCAGAUGGGAAUGCCCUUCGGCGUGCGAUUGCCCUACAAGAGGCAGCGCAAAAGCGAGCCGCCGAGAAGCUAGCACUGAUGCGGAAUGAGCAUGCGGACUACCAGCUAUAUUAUGGUACCGCACCUCAACCACAACGGUCCCGCCUAAUCACCCGCCGCAAGAGGUCUUCAAGCGACGCGGAAGGCUCUCAGACUGACGCAGAGCAAUCGCGGCAAAUCCGGAGCCAGAUGAACAGCCUGCGGGCCAAGAUGGGCCAGGCAGAUGAUCGUCAGACACAGGAUCGUGAACUACUUAUGCAGGCUGCCCGCCGCAAUGUGGACCGAACCCUCCAGGACAUGGAAGAGCGGGUUUGCGCGGAUACUGGUCGCGCUCCACCUUCACUGCAGAGGGAGUGGGACGAGGCUGCCCAGGCACGUGUGCGACAGGAGGCAGAGGAGUUCGAAGGCGUUCCCACCCAAGAGGAUCGAGUCAACAUUGGCCGUCAAACGUAUAUGGACAUGGCCGACGUCGAUGCUGUCGCCCGGUCUCGCCUCCAGCCUGCUCUUGAUGAGAUUGCCGAGAAUGCCGAACAGCGGAGAGCCAAUGAGAUUGAAGCCCGUCUAGACGCCGAAGAGGAGGAGAGACAUGCUGCUGUCGAGCGUGAACGCGACGCUGAUACAAGAGAGAUAGAGAAACAACUCAGAGGUACAAGCAAGCGCGAAAAGUCCGAGAGCAAGAUUCCCAAAUUCUUCUUAUGGAGGAGGAAGGGCAAGCGAGCUCGGGUUGAGGAACCCGAGACUGAAGAAGCUCAAGACGCUUCGCCUGUUACUGAAGGAGCAGGAGCUGUAUUGGAGGAGCCUCCGACUACAGCCCCAGAUCCCACUGCAUCGACGGACACCAUUCCCGAGCAAGCUUCUACUGAGCCAGAGCCGAGGGAUACCAUCCCCGAUGAAGCUUCUGUUGAAACAGAGAUAGCCGCUUCCCCAAGCGUUGCAGCCGCCUCCUCGGUCGCAGAGACCGAGCCUUCAAAGCCCGAUGAAACCGAUGUGCCUGCGGCGAUCCCACGGCGGCCAACACGAAGCCAAACCGAGCCCCUCGAGCUCGGACAACGGGAUGUAGCCGUCUCAGACCCAACAGUUGUGCACUACUUCACGCCACCAGUCACAAGUCCACGCGCCGAUACAAAGCUCAGGAACUGGUUCCGCGACCGUCUCGCCCGCCGCUCCAGUGGCCCAGUUCCCAUAUAUCCCCCCCAGCCAGCUCCGGAGUCCAACACAGAGAAUGAACCCGCAUUUCAAGGUGGCGCCUCUUUGACCGGCCGUGAUGAGACUCGUAGCGCAGCACUGGCCUCACAUCCUCUUACCGGGACUAUCCCGACCCACAACAGAUCUUCGAGCUACUACAGCAAUGACUUUGAUGUCAGCAAGAUCAAUAGUGCAGAGUCUGCCCCAGAUUCUACCAAGCAAAAUGGCAAUGGCAAGAAGAGGAAUCGUUUGAGCCGGUCGUUCCUCAAGACCGUGUCCAGUAACCAUGAUGAGUCUCUUUCCAACGAUGGUGACUCCCGUCGCGACUCGGGGCCCCAAUCAGUGUCUAAGAAUGGCGACGGCGACGGCGACGGCGACGGCGCUGAUGCUCAGAGUCUAAAGGACAGUGCUAAUGACCAGAGUCUUCCCGUCCCACCUACUAUCAGUGAGACGGUGAACGGCAGACGAGAAUCAAGAUUCUCCGAGAUUCUGUGA